UUCCCACUUUGGUUUUGUUUUAUUUUAUUAUCAUGUCGAAAGUAGAAAAAGAUCGAGUAAAAGCCCAACAAGAGAAAUUCCAAGCUAUUCUUUCUAAUUUACUAAAAGAUGAUGACAACAAAUAUUGCGUUGAUUGUGAUGCCAAGGGUCCAAGAUGGGCAUCAUGGAACCUUGGUGUAUUUCUAUGUAUUCGGUGUGCAGGAAUUCAUCGGAAAAUGGGCGUACAUGUAUCCAAAGUGAAAUCAGUAAACCUUGAUUCAUGGAAUGCAGAACAAGUUGCUAUGAUGCAAGAAGUAGGAAACAGCCGGGCCCGAGCUGCCUAUGAGGCUGAACUGCCAAACAACUUCAGACGACCCCAGACCGACUCGUAUCCUUGCGCUCUUGAAAAUUUCAUUCGGACCAAAUAUGAACAUAAGAAGUAUUUAGCUAGGGAAUGGAUACAACCUAAACCAGUUGUGCCAAAAGAGAUACCGAAUGAGUGGCUAGAAGAUGACAGAGACAAGAAAAGAAAGUCCAAGCCUGCAAGCACCAUGCAGCUUAAUUCUGCGUCUGCUGGUGUAAAACCAAAGACCAUGCCAGCAGAGAAAAAGCCCACAGAGGACAUUCCUGCAAAGCCUAAACCUCAACCAGCCCCACCAAAACCCUCCGCAGCUGCAGACUUGAUAGGUUUAGAUUUUGGAUUUGUUGCAUUUAAUGCAUCAUCCAACAAUGGUCAGGCAAAUGGAGGUGAUCUUCUGGCUGAUAUAUUCGGCAACAGUGAUCCUAAUUCAGUUCAGCUUCUUGGAGGUGGUUCGAACCAGUCACAGCCAGUUCAGAAUGGUGACAUGGGGACUAACCUGUUCGAGAACAGUUCCUCGGAUAGCAAGGGAUCUGAAAAGAAUACCAAGGACUCGAUCCUUGCUUUGUAUGGAAACAGCACCUCACAGCAGCAGAUGUUUGGAGUUCCAGUUACAAACAGUGAACCAAGUAUCUCAGAGAAUUUGCUUGUCCACCCGUCCACGUUAGCCUAUCAAGCACCAUUGCAGCAGCAACAACAACAGCAGCAGCAGCAGCCUCUCCUGUUCAACAUGCAGCAGUGUCAGCCUGGUAGUCCAUUUGGCAUUGGGCAUCCUGGCUUUUGUUUUAUUGAUCCAGGUGGUAUGUACAUGCCACAGCAGAACAUGUACGGAAUGGUGCCUGGACAGGCUGGACAACCAAUGAUUGGAGGCCAACCAGGCAUGCCAGGCAUGAUGCCACAACAGCAGGGCAUGAUGCCACAACAGCAGGGCAUGAUGAGAAUGCAGCAGCCAAAUGCAUAUGGAAUGGGUCAAGUGGGUGGUAUACCUGGAGGAAUGAUGAGCCAGCCAAAUAUGAUGAUGCCCCCACAAGGAAGCGCGUUCAAUCCACAACAGCAGCAGAUGCAGCAGCAAAUCCAGUAUCAACAGAUGCAGCAACAAAUGGCUGCUAUGAAAUUGGCAGGUGGACAAAUGGCUGGAACAGUUGGAAUGGCUCCUGUAAUGGGUAGUCAGGGAGGCCAAAACUGGAUGCCAGCAAGCACUGGACAGACGCUAUCAAACAAUCUUUGGCAAUGAUAAUAAUCUGAAUGUAGUCUCAAUGUAAAAUUAUGUAAGCUGGUUACCACAAUAGUUGGACCACAGGUUGUAAUCGUAUGACAAUAAGUCAAUUAGAUCAUGAUGAAAGUUAAUAAAAUACAAUGUAUUCAAUUCAUGUUUUUCAUUUGAACAAUUUGUAGUCCAAAUGUUUUGGUAGACCUAUUUAUCUUGCAUUCCAUUGUGAAUAUUUACUUGCAAAAAAACCCAAAUGUUUUAAAAGGAAUUCUGAAAUAAUCUGUCCAUACUAUGUUAUUUUUUUAUUAUUUUUUUCAUCAAGACAAGUGGAAAAUUUAAAUUUUAAACUAGUAAAUGUAUAAUGUUGCAAUGGUAUUGUUUUCACAGUGCAGCGAAUCUAGUCAUUAUACAUAAACAUGGCUCUUUCAAUUAUUUGUGUGAUUUUUUAAAGAAAAUAUAUCGUGUCAAAAGCUAUAAUUGCUUGAUAUAGAAUUUAAAAUUAAGUUACUAUUUUCAGUAGUUUAUUUUAAUUUUGACUUUAUUUUCUUUUUUUGCAAAAAUAAAGAUAAUGCUCUAAUAAAUAUACAGUCUACAUGGAUGUAUAUUAAGUGUAACCGUUCCUUGUAGUCAACAUAUUUAAAUUUAUUUGUUUGAUACCAUCUUGAUUAUUUUAAAGAACAAGAAAUAUGUUUUUUAACCAUAAAUGCAUUCCAAUUGUAUUUGUAUAUCCAUCUCUAUUUUAAAAGUUAAAUCUUGCAUUUUGCUAAAACUGAAAGGUAUCCUUUGUCAGCAAUGUGCUUUUGAGCUGUUCUAGUAUAGACUUCAUUUGCUUGAUAUCUUUUUAAUUUUCAUAAUAGUGAAAUAAUAUGAAAGCUUUUUAUUGUUUUGUUAAAUUUGGUGUAUGGGAACUUGUUUCAUUAAAAAAACUCCCUAAACAAAAUGGUGUUUUCAGCUAAAACACUUUAGUUUAGUUUAGUUUGACAGUUGAAUUUUCAAAAAAUUAUUUGUAUUAAAGGUACUUUGCCCUCAAAAUAAUUUGAGCAAUAUUUUUAUUUCUAUACAGAAGCUGUAUAAAGAUUUCUGCCUCUUAUACUGGUGUGUUAUAGUAGUAGUCCUCCUUUUAGACAGAGUUGGAACCAUACUUUAUAGUCAAUAUUGGGGCCCUUGCUUAUAAAACUUUAUAUGCAAUUUGUCUCAAACUCUAUUACAGUGUAAACUGAAAGUUUUAUAAGCACGGAGACUGCUCUCCUCUUUAGCCAAAGCACCCGACAGUCAAGGCAACAUACCCUCACAACUCUAUAAUAACUUCUUUUAGAAUCAGUGCAGAGAUGGUAUUGAACAUAUUAAUGACAUUGUAAUUGUCAUACAUGUUGCUAUCUCUAUUACUUUAAAAAAAAUGAAAUUGAUACAUUGCUAGUAAGUUUUUUGUGCAUAUUAUCAUCUUUUUUAUCUCAAAAAUAAGUUCCUUUUGAGGGUGAAAUACCAUUUUACAUUUUAAUCUUUUUCAGCACUAUAUAAUGGGGCACAAUAAUUUAUAUGAACCAUUGUUCGUUACACGCAUAAAUUGACGUUACAUGGUGAACGCAACAUUUUGAAUUGGCAGCUGUAAAACAUCAAAAGUGAUUGUAUAUGUUAGAUGCUUCACUAGUGUUUUUAGCUGUUGUCUUUAGGUAUUUCUUUAAUCCUCUUAAAACCAACAAAGUUUAUAAAGUAGUAUCCAACAAAAGACCCCUUGCUGCUAAUGGAAAAAUAAAUGAAGAAUUAUCAAAUGAUUGAUGUCCAGUAGCUGGCAAUUAAUUACUGUGCUUUAGUGGUGUAAUUAAACAAAACCUAAAAGUAAUCAGAUUAUUUUAAACUAUUUUAAGAAAAAACUGAGAAAAAAGUUUUCUCAGAUUAUAUUCAUUUAAAAACAAAAAAACAAAAAAAAGUAACUGACAUACUUUACAAGGGUCAAAAUUCAUUUUGUUGAGUGGGUAACAAUUUUUGUUUCUUCAGAUUUUAGGCAGAAAGCAAAUGCUAAAAAGUGAGAAACUAGCUUUAAAAGUAAGACUCCUAAUAAGGGUAAUUAGCCCUGGCCUACAUUCAGCCAACUAUUUCUCGCUAAACAGUUGCAAACUAUUUUUAUUGAUUUCUGAAGUGGCCAUUCAGGUUAAUGUGUAGCUUAAAACACAGUUUAGCAAUUUGAAAAAAAAAAUCAGCUGGCUCAACGUACCCCUGUAGUGUAUCUUUUUUAACAGCAAUGUUUUAAGAUUUGAAACUAAUUGAUAAAAGCAUAAGAUUUAUAUUAUAAGAUAAUAAGCAAAAGCUGCUCUUGAAACAGAUUUUUAGAAAGCAUAUUGUGUGUUUUGAGUAGCAUUUAAAAAACAAAAAAAAUCAAUCAUUAUCUGAAAUUUUAGCACUUAGUUUUGUGCACUGAUAAACCAUGUUUUGUUUUUUAAGAAAAUAUAUUUUUUAUUUUCUGCAACAUCUUUAUCAUUCUAAAGAACUUCGUAGGCAUUCUUUUUAAGUAAUAUUUUAUUUCAAGAGAAUGUACUUUUAUUUGACCUAAAUGUAUGUUUUCCACUUGGCCACUUUUCCUUAUGUAAUGUACCAUGUACAUUUGAUUGUUUAUAUUGCUUGUAAACCUAUACAUAUUUAUCAUUGUUGUGUGUUAUAUAGACUACACUUUAGUAUGUUGUGAAAUACUGUAACAAAAAAUAAUCUCGUGACAAACAUUGCUUGCUUAAUAAGAUGUUAUUUUGUGGACUGGUUUCCAUUUAUUAAAAAAAAAGUAGUAUUUAUAGUUGUGAAGCUUCAAAAAUUUGUAUUUGUAUAUAUUAAACACAAAAAGGUGCCUAAUUUUGUUCAAAUAAAUUCAUCCAAGUUAAUACUUGAUAGCUCAAAUUACUAUCAUAAAUUAGAUCAACAUGUUUAUAGCUCAAUAUAAUAAUAUUUUUUUUUUUUUUUUUUCAAUUAUGCAAUUUUGUAUACUGAGCAUUUAUAAAUUUAAUUAACUUGAUAACUAGUAGCAUUUGGGAAAAACAAAUGAUGUUACGCUCAAACUACUGCUAGCCACACACACACACACACACAAAACACUUAACCUUAUAUAUAUACAUGUAUAUAUAUAUAUAUAUAUAUAUCAUACUUUUUCAAAUCAGGUAUUCUAAAAGAACAAAUUGUUUUUUUAUAUAAAAUUAUUUAAUGGAUAGUGAAAACUAACAGUUAAUUAAAGCCGGUCUACUUGAGUUUUUUUUUUAAAUUGGAUAAGCAUCUGCACAGUGAAGAAUGUAGAGCUAAAAUUUAACCUGGGUUAUUUUAACUCCACAAUUGUACCACGCGCUCUACUUUUACCCAGGUUAACUUUAGCUCUGGUUUUAUGUCCCUGUGUAGACUGAUAACCCCGGGUUAAAUCAUAGUGUUUUGACUCCACAGGUUGUGGUGGGUAGCUGGUUACAUUGGAAUGUAAAAACUAAAGAAAAAAUACAGGAACUGAAAAUACUCAUGGAUUUUAAUGCUAGCCAAAAGUUUUUUUUAUUUUGUUCUUCAACAAGAAGCUCACAGGAAUUUUCUACUUUUCAAGACCUGAAAAAAAUGUUGCAUAUUUUGUUUAAUGUUCAGUGUCAUUUUUCAUCUGUUUAUCAGCAAACAUGAUUUGAAUUCAAUGAACUAUUAGGGUAGAAGGCUCACGAUUUUUCAGUCAUUUGGCUGUGUAUAGUGAAGUGCUGGCAUUCACUUGGGUUCUGGCCUCACUAUAAUCUGUUUUUUCCUUGAAUAAUUAACAAGCCAACAGCAGCUAGAAUUCAUCUAAUAGUGUAUUUUUAUGUUCAUAUACAUAAACAUGCUGGAUGUAAAUACUGUUUGUCUGAUGUAAAUACCUGUACUGGUUGUCUAGAAUAAAUGUUCCAGUGUCAUAGACUUGUGUGUGUUGCACACCAUACAUUACAGCACCUUGUAUUAUCAGUGAAAUCCUUUUAGCAUGGCUCCCUAAAUCAAUUAUCAUUAUGCCUAUACUAUUAUCAUUAUAUAUAUAUAUAUAUAUAUAUAUAUAUACUAGUAUCAUUACAUAAUACAUGUGUAUAUAGAUAAAUUUGAAAAUAUAUUUACCAGGCCGAGUCAGUUGCUUGGUUUAUGCUACAAUAUGUUGGUGUUUUUUUUUAUUACAUCUAUACAUUAUGGUGCAAAAGUGAAAUACCCUGUAUAUGUACUCUUCAAAUUAAGUUGAGGACCACAUCAUAAAACGGGUAUAAAUUAAUUUUUUAUGAUUGCCAAAAAUAGGAUAAAUUAUUUUUUGGUGUUACAGUCACUUUAUCUACAGAUACACAGCAGUUUCAAUUGCACAAGAAUCACCAGUUCCACAUUGACAGUGUGAAACGAAAUUUUUUUUGUGGGUUUUUAAUGUAAGCAUUGGACAGUCAGCAAGGCCAAAAACAUGCCAGAGCAUCAUUACAAGUUGCAUAUGCACCAUUCAACUUCUGGCUAUGCUUGGUACCCAUCAAUGCAUAAGCAACAGCACAAGUGAAAUACUGAACCACUCCAACAUGCUACCACAAAUGACUUUGGAGAAACAAAGGCCACUGCAACUAAUGAAAUGGCCGAUUUGAAAUUUUUACUAGUGUCCUUUGAUGUUUGAAUUAAACAUAUAUAUUGAAUGAUGUCAUAAAGUACCCUGCUAUUGUGUUGAAAGAAUUUCACUGGACAGUACCGUUGUCACGUUUGUAUAUAAAUUGAAAAUAAAAGUGGUAAAAGCAAA